GGGCCUUUCCCUUCCCUUCUCGCUCCCCGGAGUCGCUCUGGGGCCCACGCGGAAGACGCGAUGCCCUCCCCUCUUCCCCGGCGCAGGUACCUCCCCAGCGAGUUGUCGCCGUCGGUGGACGCGCGGCCUUGCAGCAGCCCUUCCGAGCUCCCGGGCAGGGCAGGGAGGCCCUUGCUGGGGGGCAGUCCUCCCAGGGCCCCGCGGCUCCCCCGCCGGCUUGCCUGGUGCUCCAUCGACUGGGAGCAGGUGCGCUUCCUGCGGAGGCUGGGGGCCGGCGGGUUUGGCUCCGUGUACAAGGCGACUUACCACGGCGUUCUGGUGGCCGUGAAGCAAGUGAACAGGUGCACCAAGAACCGAGCGGCGUCGCAGCGCAGCUUCUGGGCGGAGCUCAACAUCGCGAGGCUUCGCCACGACAACAUCGUGCAGGUGGUGGCCGCCAGCACGUGCACACCCGCGGGCUCGAACAGCCUGGGCACCAUCAUCAUGGAGUUUGGGGGCAAUGUCACCUUACACCAAGUCAUCUACGGCGCCACUGGCUGCCCUGAGGAGGACGCAGAGCCUCACUGCCGUGCCGGAGACCAAUUAAAUGUGGGGAAGUGUCUUAAGUAUUCGCUAGAUAUUGUGAACGGCCUGCUUUUCCUUCACUCGCAAAGCAUCGUGCACUUGGACCUGAAGCCUGCUAACAUACUCAUCAGUGAGCAGGACGUCUGCAAAAUCGGUGACUUUGGUUGCUCCGAGAAGCUGGAGGAUCGGCUGUGCUUGCAGGCUCGUCCCUACCCCCUGGGGGGCACCUACACCCACCGAGCCCCGGAGCUCCUGAAAGGAGAGCCCGUGACGCCCAAAGCGGACAUCUAUUCCUUCGCCAUCACGCUCUGGCAAAUGACCACCAAGGCGGCGCCGUACGCAGGCGAGCGGCAGUACGUGCUCUACGCCGUGGUGGCCCACGAGCUUCGGCCAUCUCUGUCGGCGGCUGUCUUCACGGACUCCGUCGCUGGGGAACGACUGGCCAAGGUCAUCCAGUGCUGCUGGAGGGCCAGUGCUUCGCAGCGGCCAAGUGCAGUGCUCCUCUUGGUUGACCUUAACUCCUUAAGAGCUGAAUUUGGCUGACUCUCGGCCUG